AUGUCAGUGAGAGGGAAUGGAGGGAGGGGACUGGGCGAGAGUGGCGCAAGGCGGCACAGUAAAGACCUCUGUGACAACCUUCGAGGCAUCACCAAACCUGCCAUUCGGCGUCUGGCUCGACGAGGUGGGGUCAAGCGUAUUUCUGGCCCAACCUACCAGGAAGAGCGCGGGGUGUUGCAGGUUUUCCUUGAGAAUGUCAUCCGGGAUUCAGUGACCUACACAGAACACGCGGAUCGCCAGACAGUGGCAGCUAUAGACGUGGUGCAUGCACUGAAACGCCAGGGGCGCGCCUUGUAUGGGUUCGGGGGUUGA